AUGUUUAGACGUUCAGCUACAGCUUGUACAAAAAAAAAGAAACUGAAAGUUUUUCAAUUGAAUUCUACUCGUUCAUCAUCAUCAUCAUCUUCCGAUGAUUCAGUAUCAUCUACUUCUUCUUCAGACUCAUCUUACACCUCCUCUCAUUCAUCAUCACAAGACAGUGAUAACACAUUGAAUGUAUCGUUUAAAGAAAUGUCUCUUUCAUCAAAGAAUUUCACUAUAACUACAGCAACAUCGAAGUCUAAUACCACUACAACUAUAAAUCCAGAAAUCAUUGUUGAAUCAAAAUCAUCUGAACCAUCAACAAAUAUGCAUCCAUUUGUAGGACCUAUGUCAUUUUUUAAAACGGAACGUGGUGGAAUAAAUCUGUGCAUGAUUGGAUUUAGCUAUCAAAAGGUAAAAGAAUUAAAAGAUCAAAUUAAAUGGUGGUGUUGUGAAACUCGCAAUAACCCGGUAAAAUGUCCAGUUCUUUUAUACACAAGUUAUAAUCAGGGAAAUGAUGAUCAUCCACAAUAUAAUUUUAAAAAAGUAACUGGAGAUCAUAAUCAUCAACCAGAUCAAGACAAACUUAUAAUUCAAAAAUUUAAAUCAGAUUUAAAACAAAUGACACAAUCUUCCACAGUACCACCUUCAAUUGCUACCUACAAUCAACUUGCUGCAACUAUGAAACUAGGAAGAAGUCAAAUGGCACAAUUACCACCUUUCAAUAGUAUUCGUAUGACACUUUGGAGAGCGCAUAAUCGGAAUAUGCCUCAACUACCAACUGAUAUCAAUUCUCAUAUUCCAGCUGACUUUUCUACUACAACAGAUGAUAAACCAUUUAUAUUAUUAGAUUAUUCAUAUGCAAAACGAACCAAACGAAUAUUAAUGUGUUCUCAUCGGAACAACAAUUUAAAUUUCGCUAUAACACCUCGACAAUUUAAACAAACAUAUAUUACACAAGCUCAUGAUAUUGAAUCUAAUCAAGUUUUACCAGUUGCAUGGAUUCUUUUGAAUGACAAAAAAGGAAUAACAUAUAAAAUUUUAUUCAAAAAAAUUAUUGCUUUGGCUGAAAAACGUGGAUAUAAAUUUUGUCCAUCAGAUAUUAUGUCUGACUAUGAGUCAGGAAUUAUAUCAACCUUGAAAGAAUUGGUAAGUCUUUGUAGAAAAUAGUUGUUGUCAUUAAGAAAUUCUCGUCAUUUUGUGAAACACGACCUGAAACGAGUGUUGAAGUGUUUAGGGGUAGAAAUUUGGACCCCCCCCCCCUCCCCCCACAGACCGUGACUGAGAACCUCCGAACCCAUCACAGACCGUGACAGAGAACCUCCGAACCCAUCACAGACCGUGACAGAGAAACCCUAAUACCCAUCAAAGACCGUGACAGAGAAACCAAAUACCCAUCACAGACCGUGACAGAGAACCUGUGGACCCAUCGCAGACCGUGACAGAGAAACCUCAAUAUCCAUCACAGACCGCGACAGAGAAACCCCAAUAUCCAUCACAGACCGUAACAGAAAAAUCCCAAUAUCC